UGAGGUAGGGAGGGAGAGACUUUCAGGGAGAAUGAGAAUGCUGUUGCCGUGGGGAUGCACUUUUUCCUUGCCAGAACAAUCCUCCAGCAGCUCGAGCCAGGCGCCUGGGCAGCCAACAAGGGGAUGAGCUCUCCAAAACUGCUCUCAGCUAAGGACACUCAUCUCAGCUCCAUACAAUACAGAUACUUUCCAGAUCAAUGCAGCGUCAUAGCGGGGAGGAAAAGCUCUCUCUCUCUCUCCCCCCCUUGCUCUCAUUCAAGGGAACAAGAGACAGCAUGCUUGAACGCAAGUGAACGCUUUGUACAGUGAACAAGCCUUAACGUUUUUUUUUAAAUGUUUUUCACCGUUACUGCUACCUCCAAUCUAAAACCUUCUCACCGACCUUUUCGACGGAUUGCAGUGAGAGCAUGUGAAGAAGGGUGCAGCUACAUCAGGGAAAAAACAUAACCUAAUGACUGCAGUGCUUGUGUCAGCCUUUUUGACUGAGCUCCACGCAAGCAAAUGGACAAGCAGUGAAAGAAGAACAUCGGAAACAAAAAAAAAUAAAUAAGUGGAAAAAACUGGAGGGUAAACCGAAUGAGAAGAGAGCGCAUUUGAAAAGACGGUGGAAUUUUCAUGCUUCUUCCUCUUACCCCCCCUCCCCUGGUUUAGUGCAUGUACGCUUUUACCAGGGAGAUUUAUGUUAGGUAUUUAGUGGUGGCAUCGAACGACAAUUUCCAAGGACUAUCUGCGGACAGACAGUCAAAAAGCAAAGGCGCAUGCGUCAAAACUGGAAUGUUUAUCCUAGCCUAAAGCUCUACUGCUUCAUAUACUCCUCUGUGGAUUUAUCAGUAAUCAUUUUGUUUUUCCAUCAAAAAAAACAAACAAAAAAACAAACAGAAUUUGCCUUUGGAUAAAGGAAUACAAAAUAUUCACCUAUGUUUUAAAAAAAAAAUGGACCUGUAAAUUCAACGAGGUAGGUUUCUGGUCUUUCCAACCCUUUUAAUACAUUUAGUCUGUUAUUUCCUUCUUAUUUAUUAAUGCUUGACUUCUGCCCACUGAACCCAUCCCUUUUGAUCUCAUACACCUUUCACUGAAAAUUAUCCCACCCCAGUACCGUAAAUGGAAAACCGAAUGAGAGUUUUGCUUAACCCAGGGUAGGGGAUAGCUCUCUUAACUGGACACAAAUCCUUCCUGUUAUUCCCUUUUUACCUCCAUCCUCCCCAAUCUUGCUCCCUCCCCUCCCCAAGACCAUGUUGAAAUAUGAGUCUGCCACAACAUGAGUGUCCUGGAGCGUGUAACUGCACAUCGAGUCAGGAAAGCUGCCCUGCUCUUUGUCAUCUUUCUCAUGGUGCAAAUGUAUGUGGAGGAGGUGGGUGCACUGGGGACUCAGGGUUGCCCCCCUGUCUGCUCCUGCAGUAACCAGUUCAGCAAAGUGGUGUGUACCCGCCGUGGCCUCACUCAGGUGCCCCUCGGCAUUCCCUCCAACACAAGACACCUCAAUCUAAUGGAGAACGCCAUUGAGGCAGUGCAGGCUGAUGCCUUUCGCCAUCUCAAUCAUCUGGAGGUGCUCCAGUUAGGACGCAAUGCCAUCAGACAGAUUGAAGUGGGAGCUUUCAAUGGGCUGACCAAUCUAAACACCCUGGAGCUCUUUGAUAACAGGCUGACUGUGGUGCCAAGUGGGGCUUUUGAAUAUCUCGCUAAGCUAAGGGAACUGUGGCUCAGAAACAACCCCAUUGAAAGUAUCCCCUCUUAUGCCUUUAAUCGUGUGCCCUCUCUCAUGCGACUGGACCUGGGUGAGCUGCGAAAGCUUGAGUAUAUUUCUGAAGGGGCCUUCGAAGGUUUGGUCAACCUCAAGUACCUCAACUUGGGUAUGUGCAACAUCAAAGGGGAUAUUCCCUAUCUGAACUCACUGCUAGUAUUGGAGGAGUUGGAGAUGUCUGAGAACUUUUUCCCUGUGAUCAAGCCAAACUACUUCAGAGGACUAACUUCACUUAAAAAGCUAUGGAUCAUGAACUCUAACAUAGGACUUAUUGAACGUAAUGCAUUUGAUGACCUGUCAUCACUGGUAGACCUAAAUCUAGCCCACAACAACCUGACUUCUCUACCCUAUGACCUCUUUUCCCCACUGAGGUACCUGAUGGAACUGCACCUCCAUCAUAACCCCUGGAACUGCAACUGUGACUCACUUUGGUUAGCACGGUGGCUGCAUCAGAACAUCCGUACAAACUCAACUUGCUGUGGCAGAUGCCAUUCACCAGCACACAUGAGAGGCCGUCGGUUGGUGGAUGUUGAUCAAGGAGACACAGAAGCGAUGCAGUGUUCUGCACCCUUCAUUUCUGAUGCUCCAAGAGACCUCAAUAUUUCAGCUGAUCGAGUAGCAGAGCUUCGAUGUCAAACAGCACCUAUGUCAUCAGUGCAGUGGUUUUUACCAAAUGGAACUAUACUGACACAUGCAACAAAUCACCCACGCAUAUAUGUGGUUAAGGAUGGGACUCUCAACUUCUCAAAUGUGCUGGUGAGUGACACGGGCAUGUACACCUGCAUGGUGUCUAACGCAGCAGGAAAAUCCAAUGCUUCGGCUUAUUUAAAUGUGAGUGCCGCAGAGCUCAACACAUCCAACCUCAGCUACUUCACCACAGUUACAGGAGAAGUUCUCAAUCCAAUGUCCAACAUGCCCAAACGCCGGACCACUGCAGACAGAGCUCAGAGCUCCACAACCACUACUUCGCCUUCAGUCUUUCAACCCGUUUUCAUCUCAACACCAACAGUCAUCCUCCAAAGCACUGAUGUACCACCUAGCCGCCUGCCAGCCAAGCCCACAACAAAAGUGACAACAGGGAAACCGUCCAAAACUACCAGUCUGGAUGAGGCAAUGAAGACUACCAAGAUCAUUAUUGGCUGCUUUCUGGCAGUAACACUGCUUGCAGCAGUCAUGCUUAUUGUGUUUUAUAAAAUAAGGAAGCGCCAUCAACAAAGGAGCACAGUUUCAGCAACAAGGACUGUAGAGAUAAUUCAUGUAGAUAAGGAAGACCUACCACCACCCGCAUCUGCAGCCAGUGUGUCAGGAGAUGGGACAGUGAAACUACCAAUGAUAAGAGACCAUAAUAGCAUUCAGAAAUUAGACUACAUCACCCACAAACUAGACUACAACUACCACACACCUGAACUCAAAACAGAUUACAGCAUCCACAAACCCAAACCUCAUUUUAGCAAAUCUAAACCCAGAUCAGAUGAUACUAUAGACAUUCUGAAGACCGACUACACUAAACAAAUGUCCAAAUUUGAUUACAACACACUUGCACACUUGGACUAUAGUUCUCAAAAACCUUCAACAAACUAUACGCACAAGUCACUGCCUGAUUAUCACAUACACAAAAAAAAUGAGCAGAGUUCAUACAAUCCUGGAUAUAGCACUUAUAAGCAUGACUACAAACCUCAAGCAGUCAAACUGGACUUCAGCCCAUUCAAAUCAGAUUAUAGCAUUCACAAACCCAAAACGGACUACAGUAUGCACAAGCCCAAAUCUGAUUACAUUCCUAACAAAUGUGGCGUCAACUACAGCCCCUUAAAGAUGGACUGUAGUCAUUUUAAACCAGACUAUAGUGCAUUUAAGCCGGAAUACAGCCCAAUAAAGGCAGCAUACUUUAGUCACAAACAUGACUUGAGCCUGCAAAAACCUGAGAUGGAUUACAGCCACCAUGAGAUAAAAUACAGUACUCAGAACUCAUGCAAGCCUUGGGCACAUACAAAUAAAUGGGCAGAAAACAGCAGCACUGGAAACUCCCUUCCAAGAACUUUACCCAGAAUCAGUAUGCCUGAUCCCUUCAUCAUAAAAACACACAACAAGGAGAAAGUACAAGAGACUCAAAUCUAGCCCUUAUCUUAAAGAAUGCACCACCUUGAAACAUACACACAUACACACACAGGGUGGGCUCUUUUAGAGAGAGAGAGAGUGAAGGUGAGUGAGUGUUUGUAUGCACGUGUGAGCUCGCAUGCACGCAUGUGUGUGUGUCUGGGAAAACCAUUGAGUACUGGCAAAAUGACAAAAAUAAAAAUGACAUUUAACAAAACUGAGCUUUUCUGCCCAUAAUAUUUAAUGUGUAUAAAAAUAUGUAGAAAUACUUGAUCUACUCUUUCACAUUACUUUGGCUGUGAGCGUGUAGAAAUCAAAUGAAUAACACCACGCAUUCAGUCCGAGCUAAGAGUGGUUCUCACAAAGUGAACGUCAAAUUUUGCUCAAAUUCAUAAACACAGCUAUUACAUCGUGUACAUUACACUUGGCAAUAAAAAGCACUUAUUUAAGGUAAAAACUUUAAAUUACCCAUUAAAAAUGUGGAUAUGAUAUGAUAAGAUUUUGACAAUCAGCGAAAGUUCCCAUUAAUAGAAAAACAUGAUGACGACAAGGCUUGGGUUUAAAAGCUGUAAGACAUGUUAUCCCCAAGUGAUGAGAGAGAUACUGAUGUAGGUGAUGACUAAAGAGAUUUUUUAAAAAUUCUCUGAUAUUUUGAUUGUCACUACUCUUGUACUGUUUUUAUUUUUUACAAAUAUAGAGGUAGGUAGGAUCGCUUGCUAUAGCUUGUCUGCUCAGGAUGAUCAUAUUAAAUCAGGUUAGGAUAAAUUCAAAUGAAAAUAUAGAGAUGAGUUACUAAGAACUCUUAAAAUAGUUUACUUGACUUUCUUAUAUAAAACACAGAAUCUUAUUAAACCCUGAAAGGUUACUGUACAGGCUGGGGUUAUGAAUAAAACUGCUAUGUAGAUAGACCAAACAUUCACUGUUGUCUGAUUUGUAUAUUUAAUUUACUACGUAAUACAGUUAAUUUAAUCUAAAUGAAUAUGUGACAGCUGCUUUUAGAUAAUGAUAUGAAAACACAUGUUAGUAAAAUGGGGAAAGAAUUAUAAAUGCAAACAAGGGCAAAAGAAAUAGGUAUGUUUUCGAAUUUCAUAUCUUAUAAAGGUCAAAACUGUGAAAGAAUUUCCCAGGACACACACACACACACACACACACACACACACACACACCUCUGUGUGCGAUAAUGGGCUGGUGAUAGAGAAGCUAAUCAUACACAACGAAACGUUGUUUUAAAAACUAUUUUCUACCUUAUAUUGGAAUUUUAAAGAGGAGUUGUUUAAAAUGUCAUUAUGAAAUGAAGAAAUGAGGGUCGUGUUUUUGCAGGACAUUCUGUGGAAUUUCUAAACCAUAUUAUAGAGAUUGCAGUAAAACAAAAGAAAAAGUAUUGGAAUUAUUUAUAUUGAUAAGUUUUUAUUUAAGAGAAAAAAGAUCUAAGUUGAUAUUUACAUAUUUAUCUUGUAAGCACCAUGAAUUUUG